AUGAUAUAUUUUAAAAAAUUUUUUCUAUGUCCAGUAAUUUAUAUAUUAUGUGUAUCUCCUUAUAUAAUCAGUUCUACUAACUUUACUUCUAAUGAAAAAAUUAUAGAAAAUAGAAAUGUAAAAAGAUCAAUAGAAGAAAUAAAUAAUUUUAAAUAUGGUAAUGAAAUAAUGGAUAAUUUAUCAACAAAUAAAAGAAAAAAAAGAGACAUAAUAAAAUCACUAUAUAAAUGGACUUCACCAAUAAUUUAUAAUAUUGACUUUAAAUUACAUUCCGCAGUGAUUAUAAAUGCAAUAAAUGCAAUUAAUAAAUUUACAUGUUUAAAAAUAAAAUAUCGACAAUUUCUUUAUCGUUCUCAAACUGGAAUAAAUUUUAUUGAGUCAAAUAAAUGUUUUGCUCAUUUAGGAAAAAUUGUUGAUAAAGAUUGGCAAAAUAUAUAUAUUGGAAAAGAAUGUAAUACGGUUGGAGGAGUAUUACGUUUAAUAUUACGUACAUUAGGAGUAAUUUAUGAACAUAAUCGAGUUGAUAGAAAUCUUUUUAUUAAAGUAUAUAAACAAAAUAUUGCUGAAGCUGAUAAACAAUAUUUUCAUAAAUAUUUAGGUCCUGAAAUUGAACAUUUAUGUUUCUCGUAUGAUUAUGGAUCUUUAAUGCAUUUUGGAAUGUUUUAUUAUAGUAAAAAUGGAGGUAGAACAUUAACUCCAAGAGAUCAUUUUUAUGAAAAUACCGUAGGGCAAGAAGAUUUUUUUAAUUUUAAUGAUGCAAAAAAUGUAAAUUUGUAUUAUUGUAUAGCAAAAUGUAGGGAACGAAUUAUAUGUAAAAAUUUUGGAUAUCAAGAUCCUAAAAAUUGUAAAAAAUGUAUUUGUAUUCAAGGGUAUGAAGGUGAUACAUGUAAAAAAUAUACAAAAUCAUUAGAAAUGUGUGGAUCAGAAAUAAUGAUAGCUAAAGAUAAACCUGAAUAUUACAGAAUAACUGGAAAAAAGUAUUGUAUUUAUCAUUUAAAAUCAAGAAGUAAAAAAAAAAUACAACUUGUAAUUUUAAAAAUAAGUAUGGAACCUAAGCAUUAUUUAAUAUGUCCAAUAAAUAGGUCAUUUGAAGUAAAAUAUUGGAUGGAUAAAUCUGUAUCAGGUGCAAGAUUUUGCUACCAGAAGUUCCCUAAAGUUAUUAAAUCACACGAUAAUUAUAUAAUUUUACAAUACAAAAGCAUUGAUCCUAGAAGCUAUGUUUACUUCUAUUAUAAAGAGAUUCCUUAA